AUGUCUCAAAUUAAUCCAAAUUUUUCAACAAAUUGUAUAGAAAUUGAACAAUUAUUAACUGAUAAAAUAUAUUUAAUUUUAAUGCCUAUGCAAAUUAUUUUGCUUGGUUUUAUUUUGAUAUUAAUUAUUUAUUUAAUUAUUUAUUUUAAAAAUAAUAAAUUUUAUUUACAUGGAAAUUUAAUGAUAUUAUUUCCUAAUAUAAUUGUUUUAUAUUUUAUUCAAACAAUUGUUUGGCUUUUUUGUUUAAUUCGAUAUAAGAUUCUUCUAUACACAUAUCGAAAUCCUUGUGAUUUAUUAACCCCAAUUUGGCUUGUUUUAGCAAUUUAUGCCCCAUAUUUUAUUAAUACUAUUGCAUAUCCAUUUUUUCAUUUUUGUAUUAUGAUUGAACGUGCUAGAGCUACUUUAUUAGCUGAAAAAUAUGAAAAAGAAGGGCGUUUAUUAGGGAUUUUUAUGAGUUUCUCUGUUGUAAGUUUUUUGGAAGUUAAAAAAUAUUUAUAUUUUUCUAAAUAAGAUUCGAUAUGACGAUAAGUAUGCG